AUGUCGUCCACACCCUCAUCCCUCGAAAAGCCUCAGGAGACGGAUCCCAUCGAUGAUCACCAUCAGCUAUCGAGUUUGGAAGGAAAUCCGCAGGGAGAGGAAAAACAGGCCGAUGUAGCCGCCGACCCAGAUGCAUCGCCUCGGAAUAUUCAUGGAGUUUUGUGGUUUCUGGUCGUGAUCAGUACUCUGUCGAGCAUCUUCCUGUACUCCCUAGACAAUACAGUAGUGGCCGACAUCACCCCGACUGCCGUGAAUCGGUUUGGCGAUGUCGUCAAGCUUCCCUGGCUUUCUGUUGGAUUCCUGCUCGGUGGCUCUGCAGUCGUCCUUCCGUUCGGAAAAUUCUACGGUCUGUUCGAUGCUAAAUGGCUCUACAUCAUUUCGUCUGCCGUCUUCAACAUUGGCUCUGCAGUCUGCGGUGCCGCGCCUAGCAUGGAUGCUCUCAUCGUCGGGCGCGUCCUGGCUGGGAUGGGAGGCAAUGGCAUGUAUCUUGGUGUCAUGACUCUGCUUUCCGUCAACACCUCCGACCGUGAGCGACCAGGAUAUCUAAGCUUUGUAGGUCUCGUUUGGGGAAUUGGAACCGUUCUGGGCCCUGUGGUUGGCGGUGCUUUCGUGGAAUCGUCGGCAACAUGGCGUUGGGCGUUCUACAUCAACCUUUGCGUAUCCGGUCUUUUCGCUCCUAUCUACUUCUUCCUCCUUCCGUCCUUCAAACCGCGUGCCGGAACCAAGAUUUCAACGCUGCUGCGGGAAUUUGACCUGGUGGGAACAAUUCUCAGCAUCGGUGCCAUAAUCACCCUGAUUAUGGCAAUCAACUUCGGCGGUGCCCUCUACGAAUGGAACAGCGGACAGAUCAUCGCUCUAUUUGUCGUGUCGGGCGUCCUGUUCAUCAUACUUGGUAUACAGCAAGGCAUGACCAUCUUCACCAGCCUGAGCAAUCGCAUUUUCCCUUGCCAAUUUCUGCGCAACAUCAAUGCUGUCUUCCUCUUUAUCUGUGCCGCAGCUGUAAACACCGCCGGUUUUAUUCCCAUCUACUACAUACCCUUGUAUUUCCAGUUCACAAGGGGGGACAGCGCAAUCAAGGCUGCUGUUCGCUUGUUGCCACUAAUCUUCUUGCUCAGCGCCUCUAUUCUCGCCAAUGGACAUCUCAUGUCUCGCUUCAGCUACUUCCAACCGUGGUAUAUCUUUGGCAGUAUUAUGACUCUUAUCGGUGGCGUUUUGCUAUCGCGCAUUCAACCCGAUACCCCCGAAGCGAAUAUCUACGGAUUUGAGGUCAUUCUAGGAAUAGGAACUGGCUGUUUCAUCCAGGCCGGCUAUGCUGUGAUUCAAGCCGUCGUACCCCCCGCCGAGAUGGCUUAUGGUAUUAGCUACAUGAUGCUUGGACAAUUAGGUGGCAUUGCUUUCGGCCUGGCCAUUGCCGGUGCUGUAUUCAUUAACGAAGCUGUCAGCAAUCUCAUGGUCCUACUUCCCGACGUGUCUCGCUCUGAGCUACAGCUGGCGAUCUCGGGCACCAGCGGCGCUUACUUCCGUUCCCUGCCAGAGGAGUUGCGAACGAGCUGCAUUGCCGUAAUCGUGAGUGCUUUGCAGAAGGUAUUCAUCCCUGUGUAUGUAGGGGCAGCCGUGAGCUUGGUGGUUUCGGUUUCUUUCACUCAACGGAAACUAUUCAAAGAUGCUGUGGCUAUCGCAGCAUAG